AAAGCUUGUUUUUGAAACCAUCAAGAACCCAUUUGAUGUUUCUUUGUGGAAUGGCGUCAUGGCUGGUUACACCAAGAACUUCAUGUUCAGGGAAGCUCUUGCGCUCUUUGAGAGGUUACAGCAAUACCCUUACUUGAAACCUGAUGGGUAUACCUACCCGAAUGUGCUCAAGGCUUGCGGUGGAUUGGGUAGCGGUGGUUAUGGUAAAACGAUACAUGCCCAUUUGAUAAAGACUGGUUUUUUAUGUGAUGUUGUUGUUGCGAGUUCUCUGGUGGGUAUGUAUGCAAAGUGCAAUAUGUCUGAGUAUGCUACCCUUAUGUUUGAUGAAAUGCCUGAAAGAGAUGUAGUUUGCUGGAAUACUGUUAUUUCAUGUUAUUAUCAAGAUGGGCAAUUUGAGAAGGCAUUGGAAUUGUUUGGGAAAAUGAGGAAUUCAGGGUUUGAGCCUAAUGCAGUAACUCUGACAACUGUUAUCUCAGCCUGCGCAAGGCUUAAGGAUUUGGAAAGAGGGAAGGAAAUUCACAGGGAAUCUACGAAAGACAGGUUUUUGUUGGAUGGAUUUCUUGGUUCUGCUCUUGUUGACAUGUAUGGAAAAUGUGGUUGUAUAGAGUUGGCUAAGGAAAUUUUUGAGGGAAUACCAGAAAAGAGUGUGGUAGCUUGGAAUUCCAUAAUUGCAGGUUAUAGUUCAGCAGGUGAUAGUAAAUCAUGCAUUGACCUUUUUAAUAGGAUGAAUAUGGAAGGUGUUAAACCAUCUCUUACUACUUUAAGUAGUCUAUUGACAGCUUGUUCAAGAUCAGCCCAACUUCACUAUGGAAAAUUCAUACAUGGUUACAUGAUAAGACACAAAAUGGAAACUGAUAUCUUUGUUAACAUCUCACUAGUUGAUCUAUAUUUCAAAUGUGGAGAUGUACUUGCAGCUGAAAAAGUCUUUGAGAUGAUGGCUAAGACAAAUGUAGCCACAUGGAAUGUUAUGAUUUCUGGGUAUGUGUCAGCUGGACGUUACUUUGAUGCUCUUCGCAUGCAUGGAAACAUGAUAGAAGCUGGUGUCAAACCUGAUGAAAUAACUUGUACUAGUGUCUUACCUGCUUGUUCACAAUUAGCAGCCUUAGAAAAAGGAAAGGAGAUUCACAAUUUUAUCAUUGAGAAUAUGCUGGAAACCAAUGAACUAGUCAUGGGGGCUCUCCUUGAUAUGUAUGCUAAAUGUGGCACCGUGGACAAAGCAGUUAGCAUAUUUGAUAAGUUACCAGAGAGGGAUCUUGUAUCAUGGACUUCUAUGAUCACUGCCUAUGGGUCUCAUGGUCAAGCUCUAGAAGCUUUGAAGCUGUUUGGUCAAAUGCAGCAGUCUAAUGCAAAACCAGAUGGAGUUACUUUCCUUGCAGUUUUAUCUGCUUGUAGCCAUGCAGGAUUAGUUGAUGAGGGUUGCUCUUAUUUCAAUGAAAUGAUCGACUAUGGUAUCAAGCCCAAAAUUGAACACUAUUCAUGUUUGAUUGAUCUUCUUGGACGUGCUGGAAGAUUGCAUGAGGCUUAUCAGAUUCUCAAGAAAACCUCAGAAAUAAGGGAGGAUGUUGAUUUGCUUAGCACACUUCUGUCUGCUUGCUGUUUGCACAACUCUUUGGAAUUAGGGGAGGAAAUUGGGAGAUUUCUAAUGGAGAAAGAUCCAGAUAAUCCAUCAACUUACAUUAUUUUGACAAAUAUGUAUGCUUCUGCCAAGAAAUGGGAUGAUGUACGCAAGAUGAGAUUAAACAUGAGAGAGCUACACUUGAAGAAGAAUCCUGGUUGUAGUUGGGUUGAGAUUGACAAGAAUAUCCAACCUUUCUUUGCAGAAGAUAACUCACACCCUCAAGCAGAGAUGGUGUUUGAAUGUCUAAUGAGUCUUACCAGUCACAUGGAGAAGGAUGAGUCACUACAUCCUUUGCAGUUAAGUACAGGCUAGUUCUUCAACUCCUUUGUAUAUAUCUUGGUUCUGAGGUGCGCAAUUUAGGAGACUUACGAUACGUAUAUUGCAAAACCAUAUAGAGAUGGCCCAAAUUCUCCGUGAAAAGUUGGUGCAGACUGCGGAGAGCCACUGCAAGGGAUUAGCUUGAGCAAUACCCAUGGUUAGGGAAUCCCCAUAGGCCCUGAAGUCGAUGUGGCUUUAGAACAAGCCUUUAAAUUGGAAGCUCAGUUUUCAAUGAGAGGAUUGAUUGGAUUUGGUGGGAACUUGACCUGUUUUUAGGUUUUUGGAGGGAAGGACAGCGGUAUUGAUCUUGUUUUCUUAUAUUGUCAUGUUCGUAGCCGUGGAGGAGCAGGGGUAGUUGGAUUUCAUGUCCUCAGUGGGGUACUGGGGCAUGCAUAUAUAGGGCUCCAUAGACAUUUGGUGUUCAUAUCCAUGGUUAGGGGAGUUUAAGGUCAAAGUUGAUACGAUAUUAUUUCUUAAACUAUUGCAUUACUUCAACUCG